UGCAACCGCACGUGACAGCGGACAGCUCUGGAAACAGCAAAAGAAAGACGGCUGUUCGGGAUGAGGGAUCUUCCUGCUGAGGUGGAGGAAGCUGGCCAAGUUUUCCUGCUUCUGAAAAAGGAAUACCGCAUUUCCAGAAACGUCCGUUUAGCAUGGGUUCUUAACAAUCUAAAUCAAAUAAUUCGUCCAGCUUCUCAGUCAGAGUUGAAUAACUCUGAUAAUGAAGUGGAUGUUCUCAGUAUCUUGCCAAAGGGCUGGCAGCCAGAGGAACCUGUUAGUCAACCAUAUUACUUGAUGGUGCCUUCAACCAAAGUCACAUUUGUGUCAUGGCAGUACCGGUUUGUCAUCGAACUGGACUUGAGCCCAUCUACUGGGAUUGUGGAUGACUCAACAGGUGAAAUGAUCUUUGAUGAAGUUUUCCAUGCUCUGUCACGAUGUUUGGUUGGAUUGGUGAGGCCUUUCAAGAUUCCUGGUUCUGACAUCGUUUUUCGUCCAGAGAUCUUUGUAACCAUUUUGGCUUAUUCAUCCAUAAUUGAACUUCAGUCCCACCAGGUUCUGGUUCAGGGUUGCUGGUUAGAGGAGUCAAGCCUGGAAGACUUCUUUCACCACAUUCACCAUCAGCUAAGUGUGUUCGAGAAUAAAGCAGCAGAUAUUUUGCAACAACAGUAUGAAAUGAAGGAACAGGUUGAUACCUCUGGUGUAAAUCGAAACUGUCGCAGUGAUACAGAAGAAUACUGUACUAGGAAGCUUGGCGUUUCCCUGGCAACAGCUGACAUUGGGCUUGUGAGCAUGAUUCGACAGGGCAUUUUAGCACUGCAGUUACUACCAGCCAAUUCAAGUGCAGGAAUUAUCAUCAUCACAGAUGGUGUCACCAGUGUGCCGGAUAUCACAGUCUGUGAAACCUUACUCAACCAACUUCGGGGAGGAACAGUGGCUUGCUCCUUCAUACAGGUUGGCGGAGUUUACUCUUAUGACUGCAGCUUUGGAUAUGUUCCUGAUGUGGAAUUAAUGAAGUUUAUUUCUAUGGCAACAUUUGGAUCCUACAUGUCAGCUUGCCCUGAGAUUGACCAGUCAUGCUUAGAUCUGAAUGUCUAUCAUAAGGCUUUCCUUCUGUAUUCCUUUCUGAGAACUGGGGAGUCUUUAAACCCAGAGUACUACUGUGUGUCUCAACAUAAGUUAUUCAAUGAGCAUUUGGUUUCUGCAAGCAGUAACCCCGCACUUGCAAUGAGAAGGAAGAAGCACACAGAGAAGGAAGUCCACGCCAGUCUUCUUAGUGUGGUGUCUGUCAGGUUGCGUGAGGGUUAUGGCAUCCGUGAGAUCAACAUCACCAAAGGAGGUACACAACUGGAGAUGAAACUGGUACUUCUAUGGAAGCACAAUAUGCGUAUUGAAUACUUGGUUACAUCUUCAUGGCCCUUGGACCUUGCAAAACGCAGCACAUGGGUGGAGGUAACAAUGGAGGGCAGCUAUGACAUGCUUCAUGAUAUCAGCUGCACGAUGAGGAAGCCCAUAACCAGCAUGUACCGUACUUCAGUGAUUCGUCGCUUCUGGAACACACUUCAGAGCAUCAACCAGACCGACCAAAUGCUUGUUCAUCUGCAAUCCUUUAACAGCGUUCCUGAGCACUACACUGUCCCAGAAAGCACCAAGAAUGGUGUGCCGCUUUUCUACAUACCACCUGGCUCUGCAACACCUGUGCUGUCCUUGCAACAGGGUGGGCCAAAGGAUUCCAGUCAGUCACAGUUCUCUUGCUAUUGGAAGCCCAUUCUCUCAAUGGACGCAAACUUCUGGCAGAAGUGGCUCCACAUGCAUCGAAUUGUGUUGAUCCUAGAGCAUGACACACCAGUACCAAAACAUUUGCAUGCACCUGGCAGCAAUGGGCGAUACAGCACUGUCUUGUGUCGAAUUUCACACUCUUCACUGACCUCUCUACUACGAGAUUGGAGCAGCUUUGUGUUGGUGGAAGGCUAUUCAUAUGUCAAGCUACUCCACAGUUCCACAGAGCAGACACCUUCCUCAUUCUACCUGAUUCGUAUAAUUUCUAAACCCCCUUGCAUGGUGCUGCGCCUGGGAUUCCCCAUUGGAACACCAGCAGUAACUAGGAACAAGAUUGUGGAUGAACUGAGGGAACAAAUCCUUUUGCUGCGAUUUCCACAUCGUGUACAAAGCAAAGAAGCAACACCUAAAGUCAAGAGAAAGGUUCUUGGGACAGCUUCACCUUCCAAAUCGCCUCCUCUCCCUCUGCCUCAACCAGCUUUUUCUGACCGUCCUUGUGUUGUAAUUUUCAGUAAGCCAUUAGAAAAACUACUUAUUAGGUAUGAAAAGCUGCCAUCUGAUUACCGAACUCCUUUCAUUUUGAGCCUGGAGAAUCUUGGUCAGCCACAUGCCAUAUCAGGACCACUGACUGUAGCAGCCAAUCGGACAGCUUCUUCCACUUUGGCAUCUCUGUCACGCUAUUUCUUUCACCAACGGUGGAUAUGGUCUGUCCAUUCUGGGCUGGCACCAGCUGUACCAAACACUGCUGUGGCACAGAUUUUAGCUACAAUCACAGAGAUUCGCCUGUCUGAAGGAUUCCAUUUUGCAUCCAGUGGAGAAGGAAUUGUCAACAUGGUGCUGGAGGUCCCAAUGAAGAGCAAUUUUUCCAGUGAGAACGAUGGCAAAAUGCAGUCUUGUCUGAUCCAGUAUAUCCUUUUCCCACCUCACUGCAUCUCAACCAAAGACAGUUUUUCCACAGAUGAUGACAAUGACACAGAGGUGGAGGCUAUUGAGGUUGACAUGGAGCUAAAUCUGGUGACUGAAUGCUGGGUGGAACCACAGAAUGGGCAGGUUGUGAGUUCUUCUGAGAAUCUCAGACACUUGCAUGGCUUGUCUUACCUGGAGAUUCCAAAAGAGAUUUAUCCCCGUGAUCUGGCAUGUAUGACCACUAUGUUAACCUUCGAGUAUCUUUCCUAUCUGUGUCAGAAUAAGGACCACAUAUCUCCAAUCUGUGGGACAAAAGGCAGUGAAGGAGUUACUAUGGCACACAGUGAAUACAUUCAUGAAAUUCCAUUCCAGUUCGAUUUUAUGAAACUGCUAUCAAAAUGUCAACAAACUGAAAUCUUUUUUCUGGCUUUUAGUAAAGAUCAAGAUGAAAAAGAUCAGGAAUCCUCCUCUUUACCAAGCGAUAUUCUGUUGUCUCUCUUCCAUACCUGCCUACAGCAGGAUCUUAGUGACCGGGAGAUCCCACUGAGUGAUUCUGAUCAUGUGAUCUUUAUGCAGCAGGUGCUGCAGCGGGAUCGUGAUGGACACUUGCUACCCUUCACACUGCCCGUUAUCCGAGAAGUGCCUUUCAAGUUGUCAGAUCCACUGCAGAGGAUAGAUUCUGCAUUACCAUCCCAUGUUAUUGGCUCCAGCAAAGAAGUGACCGGCUCUACUAGUACUUUGCAGAGUGUAGGUAACACAGAAGAAGAUGCUGUUCCAGAGGACAGGGGAUCUGUUCCCCAGUGGCGAUGUUACGUUAAGUCUGUGAAUCCGCAACAAAUUUUUCUUACCUUCAUUCCAUCUACUUUUGCAGAUGUUCAGAAGCUUUUGACAUCUGCUCCACAAAAUGGUACGAGGACUAAUGAAAUAGAAAUUGAAGAACAUCAUGCGCUGGAGUCAUUUGAGUCUGUUUUAAAUGACCCAAGUGACUGCACAGAGAAGAGGUCCGAACCAGAAUGGAUACAAGAGGAAAAGGAAGCUACAGAUUGCCAAGAAACUGGCAGAAAUAUUUUUCAGGAUGGAUUACCGUUGUCAUCUUCUUCAAGAGAAGAUCCUUCUAAAGGGUCAUGUCUGGCAGUGUCACCAACUCAGAAAGAAACCCUGUUAAGCAGAGAACCUGACCAGGUCAAGCAAGAUUCAUUGCCACCAGCUGACUCAGGACUGGACCAGAGAGAGUUCUCAGGGCUACUGAAGAAAGAAAUUCACAUCACUUUUGGUCGCCAAGCAUCUCAUGUCGAUACCACUGACCACAACCGUCCUUGUUUUCCAGUCUAUGUCUACAAUUGCUCACAGGAUUUACUAAGAGAGCAGCUGGUUAACCCACCAGUGGAGAGAUCCACAAAAGACAUAUUUUUCAGGUCUUUGUCUGUUGACCGUAUUUCUAAUUCGGUACUAACUGAUCUGAUGACUCAUCAUCACAGACACAAGGAGCUGGCUAACCACUGUAGUCUUUUACAGGAACAUUACCAUCAGUGCUAUGUGAAAGCUGUGUUUAGGAGUCUGCAACAGACCUGUAGUGUUAGCUCGCAAGAUCUGCUGACUGCCAUGGACUACUGUGAAGAAGUACUGCAGGAAAUAAACAUUACUGGCUUCUUGCAGACACUCUGUGGGCACAUCAGAGCAUUUCGUGACAGGCAAGAGUUUCAGGUGGAAGACGAAAUGGAUCUUAACUCUGCCACAUUUGUUAUAGGUAGUGUUGAGCAGCAGGAAGAGAGGGCACAGCUAACAAGAGGAGUUUUGUCCUCAGUGUCCAGUCAAGAGACUGAGGAUUACAGUGAGCUAGAGGCUCGCAGCCCACCAUCAGCUGCCACCUCUCCAGUAAUAGCAGAGGAGCCAAAAGUGAGGAAAACAUUGGCAGAAUUCCCUUUGUCUCUCUUGCAAAGUAGUCAGACUUGUGAAGUAUUCCCCAAUCUUCACAAAAUCAUUCAGGAUAAAUUUUUGCAGAUUGGAGGAGAGUAUUUCAAGGUGGUGCCCUCUAAUUCACACUACUUUUUCUACUGUCCGCCCUCUGCCAAGAAAGAGGAAGAUUCUGCACGUGAAGACACAGACCGCAAACCCAGUGAAGAGUUUGACAUUUCAGAAGCAGACCUUGGAACUGAGGAAGGCAAUGUUUCUGGAUGCUGCAUUGCUACAGAAAGUGACCCUGAUUUGGAAGUGGAGUACCGUGAAAAGUCAGACCGGGAAUGUCAGGCUUCUGAUUCUGGGUCAGAUUCUAACACCAUGAAUCAGGAUGAUGAUUCAUUCAGUGUUCUCGGAGGGGACUCUCUAAAUGAACAGGAUGUAUCAGACCAAGAGACACCACCUCUUUUUGUGCAUCUGACCUGCUCUGUAAAGUUGAAAAACUGUCAUGGUUCAAUGCCAGUGGAUUCACUGCCAACAUGCCUUGGUGAAGUUAUUGGCUGUUUGGAUAACUGUCAAACAAUUACUUCCAUCGACUUGAAUCAUCUAAAUGUCACAUUGGACAUUUUUGUUCUUACACUUCCCAUUGAUAUAGAUGUUAUGGUUUCAGACAUUCAUCACAACAGAUAUACCUCAGAGGGCAGUGUUUGCUUAAAUCGUUCCCAAGGACAGCCUUCUUCAUACAGAUCAGAUGAUGGUAUAUUACAAAAUAUGGAUCAGCUUCCUUCCACUGGUGAUGUCAGUUCUGCAUUUGAUCCAUUGUCCAGACUUCCUGCUGUGCACAAACAGGCUGUUGAAGCAACUAUGAGUGAGAUUCGCUGGCUGCUUGAAGACGAAAUAGUGUCAGCACUAUGCCACUCCUCAGUCAUUACUACUUCAACCUUGCGGAAGGUGGCUGAUCAUGUAUGCAAAUCCCAGGGCCGCCAGCAUUGCCAUAGUGAAGUUGUCCCUCUGCAGUUUGUCUUUGGUCCUGAGCAGUCACUUGAAAAGUUUAAAGAGGAGUUUAGGAAAAUGAAUCUCACUGGCUACAUUUUGAAUGCAGCAGAAAGUAAUUAUUAUUAUCUGUCAUUAAGCCGUCAGCACACCCACAAAGUUGAAGCAGUUAGAUGUGUGGCAGAAUGCAGUUCCAGUAAUGUAAAUGAAGGAACAGACCACUCAUAUGUAGAGGAAUUUCAGACCUUAAAUGAGUCGAGGGGUAUUGAGAACAAGAGUGAUGGUCAGAAUGAAGUACAAAUGGAGAAGACAGUCUCUGGCAGUGAAAAAAUGUCAGGGAAGGAAGAGACUUUCCAGGACAGCAGAUUAGAAAGUACAGGGAAUGACGGAACCUCAAUGCUGCUUCCACCACACCCAGAUACUCAUCAGGUGGAUGAGAGUAGUGCUACAGGAAAGGUGGAUGGUUCUCCUGCUGCUACAGAACAGAUACAAACAGUCUUCUCUCUGAAGAAGACAAAUUCUGAGACUUCUAUAUCAAAAACGUCAUCAGUGGUGAGCUUGACUGAGUCAGUGACGCAGAACACUGCAGGCAACACAAAGCAGCAGCCCAGCAGAGUCCAGAGCUUUGUUUCAAGUCAGGGCAGCAUGGAUUCGGAUCACUUAGGGUAUGAUGCAGGUAUCAGUGACUCUGAGAGUGACCAUGAAGCUACAGUGGAACGUCAUGAACAGCAGUCUCUGCUUAUGCCUAAUUUUUGGUUGAUUGUAAAGAUCCUGCAGGACAGAGUGGAAGUUUAUUCCCAUACACGAAAUCUGAAGUAUGUAAAGGAGGGUUCCCUGGAAGAAGAUAAAGGAGAAUUACCAGAAUAUCUUCAUCUGCAUCAGGCUGUGGUGAAGAAAAUUGGAGAAAUCUGUAGGGUAGUGAACCAGUACCUGUUGCUGCAAGACUUGCAUGAUAGCCAUGUGUGUAACUCGCUCCUUGUUGCUGAAAGUGAGGAAGACAUCUGGAAGAAUGAGACACCCUACAACUCCUCCAGGAAACGAAUUCCCAUCAGUGAUGACUACACAUUUUCUGCAGAUGAUAGCUACCAGCCCCGAGACUACCUGGCAGCCACAAUGCACUUUAUGCCUGGGCACUUUGCUUGUGACGUAGUAUGGCGCACAAUAAUACAGAUACAUCCUCGCCUCAAGAUGGGGCCCAGUAUGGGUGUUGCACGGGCUAUCCAAGCUCUGAGAUCUGUUCUGACUGCUUUUUCUGUGGUGAACCGAAAGAAUAUGUUUGUUUACCAAGAGCAUGCUACUAAGGCUGUCUUUUAUAUCAGGCUGUCUGAGAUUACUUGCACAGGGAAGUUGUCUGAUGGAGAAAGCAAUGUCAUCUCUUCGCGUUCUCUGGCUCUGACUCGCAGUCAAGAACCAAUUUAUACAGAAGAUAUGAUGGGUUCCCGAAUGUCAUUAGAGACAAUAUCAUCCCAUAGUUCAGAGACAUCUAGACCUGUCGGUCAAGUGGAUAAGCAUAUUCUUUUAAUGGUACAUGGAGUGGGAGAAGCAGGACCAGAGAUCAAGGAUGAGUUUGUUAAGGUGCUGAAGAGACGUCUUGAUGAAGCUACCCUUGAUAUCAUUACAUUGAUGUUAGGAAGAAACUGCAAACUAACUCCAGCAGAUGUUGAGUUUAUUCAGCCACCUGGAGCCCCACCAACCGAAUUACUGCAGUUCAUAAUCCCUCAGGUUUUCUUGCCAUGGAUGAAUGCUCUUGCACACUACUUGCGCCAGAACUUGUUGAUUUUCCUACAUACACCAAAAUACACUGACAGUAACAUGGAACAUCAUUUUCAGCACUAUUUUCAGCAGAACAACAGCUUGCCCGACUCUGAUAUUUUUCUCUAUAAUAAGCCAGGUGGCCAAGGAACUGGAGGCAAAGGGAUUGCUUGCAUUGCAUUAUCGUUCAUGGAUGAGCAGAAGAUCCUUAUACAAAUGAAUCAGUUGGAGAGUACAUCCCCCACUAAGUUAAAUGGCACUGCUGCUGACAUCUUGAAAGAUGACGACUUUGAAAACCUUACUGGGGUUACAGUUUGCAAGACAGACCCUGCAACACAAAAUACAGGUCCUCAGAUUUUUGUGCGCUUUGAUAUCUGGGAACAAGGCAACACUAGCAUGAUGCAACUAACAGAGAAAUUGCGGAAUGCAGUCCGUCAUGCUUUAUGUGAUGUUAUCAUGGAAUUUUGUGUACUGCAAGCAUCCCUUUGUGUGGAAUCUGGAAACUCACAUGUACCGGCUGAACAGAAUGAAUUCACAAAUGGUAUUUUGCGACGUACAAUGUCAGAAGCAAGGGGAAUGGUUUCUGUUGCCAAUGCUGUCAGAAAAAACAUUCCAGCUCCUUUAACGUAUGUGCCAACUUCUAGUAACAGCAACACUGGAAAUCCUGAGUCAGUGACUCCAACAAGCAAAACUGGACGGCGCAGUUUCUGGGAUAAGCUUAGCAAAUCAGAAAACGCUGAGAUAGUUACUCCAAAAACCACAGAUGACAUUGUUCUCGGACGAUCAGAAGAAGGUCGUGCUCGCAGAAGACACAAGACUGAGAAUGUGAAGCAGCCAUCUAGCCAGGAGCGAAUAGUCACUGCAGAGAUGGAACAAGCCCAGAGGCAAGCUUCAGAGAGAAGAAAACGUAUUUGCCAGUUGGAAGAAGGAGACAGAGGCAACUUGUAUCUUCUCUUCAGUGGAACGUGUCAGCGGUGGAUAGCAUUCAUGAAUCAGCUGGGUUGCCCAUCAAUACAGCAAUGCUCUGCAGAGGUCAUUUCACGCUUUCUUAUCCCCUCUGUCCUGACUGAAAUUGUGAACCUUGUUACUUCUUUGGCUAAUGAUACAGCUGUCAAAGUGUUUGAGAAAUUCAGUCAGAAUCCAACAUUUGUUCCAUAUUCUUUGAGUGAGCACCAUACUACUCGGCCUGGUACAGCCAGACAUUUCAUCUUGAUCGGGCGAAAUUUCCAGCAGUGGAGGUGCAGCACAGAACAAGCCCAUAAAGGUUUCCAGCAAUUUGAAGCAGUGUCUGAUGACAGAGUGUCUGAUUCUCCUAGCUCAGGGUCAUCUGGAAGGAGAACAAUUCCAAGGCAGAGGUUUCUUAUCAUUGAUGUGGUUGACAGAAAGCUAACUCUCAGCACAUAUAACUGGUCAGUUGAGUUGGGUGCAUCACUGAAACGUGGCUUAACUCGGCUUCUUCAGUGGCAAAAUGCUCGUUCCCAUGUCGUUCACUGCCUGCUUAGUCAGAAGAUGGGUCUGUUUCAUCAUUACUGCUUUUCUGAUUCUCCAGGACAUGAAGAUCUUAAACAGGAGCCUAAUCCCUUCCUGAAUUCUACAGUUGAUGCUGACACUCUGAUACGGAGCACUACGCCACCUCCCAGUAAAGAACAAGGACGUCUAAGUGCUGCAGCUAGGAGUCUACCUCCCCUUCACUUCCCACAUGACAUUGUUCCUUUUGAUGAGGCUCUUAGAGACAUCACUGCUAUAAAAAUUAUGCACCAGAUGCCAGAAUUUGCAACAUCAGAUCCUGUGGUUCGACAUGGAAUGCAAUAUUUAGAAAUCAAGAAUAUGGAAAGGAAAGAAAUGGAAAAGCAGCUGAAGAUAGAGAACCUUUUUGUAACCUGGCAACAGAGGUCUGCUCAAUCAAACAUGCCCAUCACUGUAGCUGAUCUGGAUACCCUCAAACAAUCAUCCCGCUUGGUCCAUUACUGUGCCACACCACUCCUCUUUGAUCCUGCUUUCAGACAACAAAUCCAAGAAGAGCAGCAAGUUAAUCCAGAGGGCAAGAAGAGACAUCGAUCAAAUGAUUCAUCAGCAUCUGGCCGUGAUCGAAGUCACAGUUGCGAUUCAGUGGAGAUGUUGCCCUGCAAGAUGAAGGAAGAGCCUUGGUUGCUGGAGAUUUCAAAUACAUUUAUGCAGCAGUAUAUUCAGUACCUUCAGAGCAUGGGAUUUAUUCUGGUUCAGGUCCGCCCCCCUUCACCCAACAGGAGCUCUGGACGGAUCCGAGCACUUGCAUCCUAUACCCAAGAAGGAAGAGCUUCAUUUUCGUACUCGAAGCAGAAGAGUGAAGAAAGUCCUAAGAGUGGAGGUUCAUUAGGGACUGUGUACCACCUGCAGAGAGCACUUCCUGGUGGGAUUGUAUUGAUGGAACUUGCAUUCCAGGGUUGUUACUUUUGUGUGAAGCAGUAUGCUUUAGAGUGUUCCCGUAUUCCAGUAGGGCAGACUGUAAACUCUCAGGGCUCUCUGGUAUCCAGAGCUCGUAACAAGUGCUUUGUGGAAGCCAGUUCCAUCUCAGAAUCAGCGCUUUCCAUGUUAUUCACAGAAGAAUGUGAUAAGGUGCGAGACUUGAUGCAUGUCCAUUCAUUUAGCUAUGAUUUCCACCUUCGUGUGGUACACCAGUAUCUCGUUGGCUGUCACAUGUCCCUUCGCCAAGGCUACAAUCUUACCAGCUUCUUGGAAGAUUUCAUUGCCUACCAUCCUGAUAUACCAAAAUUUGGCAGGAAUCAUGUAUUUCAAGGCACACUGAAUUUGACAACAAACAUGAUCACUGCUCACCAGCUGUAUAACUACAUGAUUGAUCAUGCUGGCAUUUAUGGCAUGAAACCUCUUAGGAUAUCGAAAACAGCCACAAGCAGCGAUGCAAAGAAGGGAGCUCAGAAUUCUGAACUACACGAAUAUGCUCUAGUAGCACACUGGAAUAGCUCUGGUUCUUACAAAGAUACAGAUGGACUGCGACGCCAUGGUGAUUUUGAUGUAUCACUUCUAGUGUGUCAUGCUGCUUCUGCUUUCGAAGAACAGUCUGAAAUGGAACGAGCCCAUUUACAGUUAUGCUUCUACGUUAUUAUGACCAGUCAACGUGAGUUAUUUCCAAGACUAACUGCUGACAUGCGCCGCUUUAAGAGGUUGCCUAGGAUACAUAGAGAACCAUUGGAAAUUCCGGGCGGUAAAUCCACCUGGGAAAAAGAGAAUGGAAGACCUAGAGAGACUGAGGUGGACUCUUGGGAUGAAGGAGAUGACUCAAGUGAAUUUUAUACAAGUGGUCCACAGGUGAAAAUGGCACCAGGUUUAUACUAUGCUUCUCCGCUUUUCCCAUUGUUAGCUUCAGAAGUUACAUCAUCACAAAAGAAGAUUACUCUCAUGGUACACCAGGCCAAGGCCCAUUGUCGACGAGACAUUUUGUGGCAGCGUCUAUUUCUAGGAGAGCACCUUUCAACAGAUAAGCUAAAAAUGAACAAGCUGUCCUUUGCAGAACUGGAAGAACUGCUUAAUGCUGUGGAGAGCAAAUCCAUAUCUGACAUUGAUCCCCAGCUGGAGUGUUUCAUUACAAUGAGUACCAGCUGGUAUCAGAGUUUAAUUAAAGUGCUUCUUAAUCGCUUCCCACAGAGUUGCCGUCACUUUACCAAUAAUGACAAUGGAAUACAGUACCUGGCUGUCCUAAACCAGAAGUUCAUUGACUGCUUUGUUCUAGUGUUCCUGGAUUCUCUCACUGCCAAAACGAAUUUUAAGGUUGUGUUCAGAGAGCCUCUACCACCUCAGCCUCCCAGCAACGAGAGCCCCCUGCCUCAGCUUGUCUCCAUGUACCAUCACUUGGAAGCAGUCAUAAACACAGCCUGCUUCAAUCUCUGGAUUGGCCUGCUAUAAGUUAUCAAAGAAGCAGUAACAUGUUAUGCCAAACUAAAGAAUCUGCUCCUUGACCAAGUGUGUGUCAUACACACGCCUGUACUUAGAGUGACACUUGGGAACCAAGAGAUGCUAUUGUUGCGUGUUACACUGGAUCAGUGUCAAAUUGCUCCCUUUCCUGAAGCCUGGAUGUUGUGCAGCAAGUUAAAGUACAUGAAACUACAACAAACUAUGGAAUGCAUCCUUAAUAAACACCAUUACACUGUAGUAACUACAGCCAAUUGAUAUAAUAGAGUGACAGGUCUUUAUUUACAGAAAAUAUGGACUCAAUUUGAUUAAAUGAAGUUUCUGACAGUUUUACUGUGGCAGUAGCCUUGCACAAUUAUGAACACUGUUAUGCCUGAACUCUUCUGCCAAGACUCUCUAUUAGGAAUGGUUGUUUUUUUCUCCCUGGGCACAAUAGAUCCUGAACUUAUAAAGUGAAUAAUUAAAAAAAAUGGAUAAAAUCCACUGCUGCCAGCAUUACUCAGGGUUUUUCAUUUGCUGCACUUGUGGCUCGCUGUUAUUCUCUUUGCAUGAUAUCAGGAUGCCAAUACUGUGAAUUGUAUUUCAAGCACAUUUUGUCAGGGGGGAGAAAGUACAUUUAAAGUAUUUUGGUAAAUGUCUUCAUUUAUGUGUUUGUUGCAUGUAUAAGAACAUUGAUUUUCUGUAAACACCUCAUUUCAUUGAUUUUCUGUAAACACCUCAUUUCAGAAAGUCCUGUAUUGUACAGUAGCAGGCAUGCUAAAGAGCCUUACCGCUAUUACUGCAGAAAUUCUGCUGUCCAUUUGUUCAGUGGAGAUCAGUUCUGUAAACUCAGUGAAACCAGUGAUAUUUUUUGACUGCUGAGAACAGUAUACAGGAGCCUUAACCCUUUCCUAAGUAGCACUUUGCAAGUAUUUCAUGUUAUUCACCCCCCCUUACUCGAAUGAAAGAAGAAACUAAUUUCAAGCGCAGUGAGCUUCUGUAAUGCCACAACUGUUCAUUCUCUUUACUUAUCAUAUUAUUACAUAUAAUGUAGACCAUUUCAUUACAGUGUGUUACAGAGGAUACUUAUUGCCUGCACUUAUUUUGCACAACCAGUAUAAUGGUAAGCAGGGAGAGGUAUAUACAAUUCUUAAUGCAUUUGCCCACUUUUUUCCUUGUAUAUUGUCACUACAGCUGCAAAAUCCAUCUUAGGGGUUUUGUGGUUUAAUGUUUUAUUUUCUGUUUGAAUCCACACACCAGAAGGAAGGACACUAGGUUUGGAAAUCCAUUUUUGUCAUAGUAAUGUGUGUUUUUACAAAGCAGCUAUGCUUUUUGGAUUAUGCUGUAUUACAAGUAUUUACUCCUGUUCUCCAUGUCACUAGCACACCUUGUGGUGUACUCCCCUCGUCUGGAAAAGCUUUGUGAUUGCUUUACCUCUAGACAAACAGCUAUUAUGUUAUAUUAACCACUGCCACAGUGUGCAUGUUCAGGUUCUAUAUAGAUGAAAUGUUAAAUGUCUUUCCUUUUCAUUUUCUGCCACUGUCCAGUUGUUAUUACAAUUUGUUAUAGCACUUAUAAAGCAAGAGUGAAAAUAUUCUUCAAAUGACUGUUGCCGUCAAACCCAUUUUGUCAGAGUCAGCCAUUUGAACAGAGCUUUUAGAGUUUAAUUUUUGCAUUGGGGAAUGUUUCCUUUGCCUCCCUAACACCCUUUAUGUAAGAAGUACUUCAUGCACCCUACCUUUCUGUUAUCAGCUACUAGUUUGAGGUAAAGGUAUUUGUCUGAUCAUUUUCCCGCAUUGCAAAUUUUCUUUGAAGGCAUUUCUUUGCUAACCAUAUGUUCAGCAUUUCUGGAAUUUGCACUUUCUUCUGAAGUGCAAAAACAUGGAAUGAACACUAUAUAGUAAAAGGAAUGUGGAGGCAAAGCCUGACAAUAUCCCUUUAUUGCAUAUAUUUCAAUUUGUUUGACAAUGUCAAAUCUUUUAUGGUGAAACACCAUCAAUGAACUGAUUUACAAUAAAUCAAUUUACAGACACUGGGUAGGUAUCCCUUAGAAAAAGUUGUGAAUUAAAAUGUUUUAUCAGAAAGGUCUAUUCGAUUUGCUUGUCUGGAUCAGAUGGGAUUUGAUGGGCAGAUCAUUUACCAGAUGACCAAAUACCUUUCAGACAUUCUCCUUUUAGAAAAGUACCCAGGUAUAUUUAAAAGCAUCAUGUGACUGUCUUAGUCAGAACUUACAAGUAAGUUAUAACCAGGAACUGCAUUAGUUUACAUGCUCAUUGUUUUUCAAGGAGAGUAUUAACAAACUAUGAAUAUGUUUUAUGUAAAUUAUGUAAAUGAUGUAAAAGAUGUUCUGAUUGUAUAUUUACAAUAAAGUAUAUGGUCUGUACAAUAAUAUAA